UCUCACAGGUAGAGAGAGCGCAUCCAUUACACACGGAUAUGGCGAGUGCCGUGCAGGGGUUCGCCCUGCCCGAGUACAGCGUGCCCAUGCGAAGGCGCCAACGGCGACCCUCCCUCGACGCCGCGAGACGACACCUUCACUUCGCCGAGCCCGCGGUCACCACCAUUGACGACGAGCUCGCCGUGCCAAAGGAAAUCGUCUGCCAAGCAGCCCUAAGCGAAGGUGAAGUUUGCGACUCGUGUUACGCAGGGACGGCGGGUCUGAUACAAGUGGACGGCGUCACUUUGGACUGCAGCAGCUCGGACGAGUUGAGAGCUCUGCGCGGAAACGCGGACUCGAAUAAAAUAGAAACAGACCUGAGGGAAAUCGGUCCAAGAGAUAUAACAGAAGAGUAUCGAGUUCAGGAGGAAAGCGAAUCCGACGACGAGAGCGGGACCGAAAAUGAAGGCGAUUUGAUAUCCGACGGGGAAAUCGACGAAAUGCUUUCGGACAUUGAGGAAAAUGAUGCCCACUCAAAAAAAAUGGGUGGAAAAGCACCCUCGACCACGUCGUCCGCGUCUUCGUGCGACGGCGACUCAGUCAUUUAUCUUGGACAGAGGGACACUUUCAAAGGCGUGGAGGAAUUGGUGGUGACUGCCGAGGAGUCGCUUUGUCUUCAGGCGGCAGAAAGCGCAAGGUCCCUUGAAUUGACUGAACCGGAACAUGUGAACCCCUUUGUCAGUUUCGCACCCCCAUCCCUGGACAGGAUUCCCACGGAGCCGCUGGAAAUUGACACGCAGCAGCAUUCGCAACCGGCACAAAGAUCAAACUCCGCCGAUUCAGGUGUAUGUUCGCAACCAGAAGUGCUGGACAGGCGUUCCCCGUGCGGGGCCGCGGCCGUGUCUGCGGUCGUGGCCAUCGACUUGGGCACAACGCACAGCGGCUACGCGUACAGCGUCUGCAGAGAACCUGGCAGACAAGUGCACAUCAUGCGCCGGUGGGAAGGAGCGGACUCGGGACUGGUGAACCACAAAACGCCGACGGUGCUGUUGCUCACGCCGACGGGCGCGUUCCACUCUUUCGGCUCGGCGGCGCGCGACUUCUACCACGACCUGCCGCAGACCGAGGCUCGGCGGUGGCAGUAUUUUGAAAGGUUCAAGAUGUGUCUGCACCGUGACACGGAGUUACACCGUGACACACCAAUAGCGGCUUCCAAUGGAAAAACGCAACCUGCACUCGUAGUUUUUGCACAUUCACUCAAACACUUCAAAGAAUUCGCACUGCGAGAGUUGAGCGAGAGAUGUGGACAGAAAAAUGCGCCGGACACUUCGGACAUUCGUUGGGUGGUCACUGUGCCAGCCAUUUGGAGGCAACCGGCUCGGCAACUCAUUAGAGAGGCAGCUUAUCAGGCUGGCCUGUGUGACUCGGAAAGUGCAGAACGGCUGCUGAUCGUUUUGGAGCCAGAGGCGGCGGCUGUGCAAUGCAGAGAGCAGCUUUUGCAAGAGCAGGCACAGUUGAGUAGGAAAAAUGGCACGGCCAGAAACAUUUCUUCCAAGUCCAGCUCAAGCAGCUCUUCGGACAGCGGAAGCAACCUUUCGCUGACAGACUCGCCCGAGCCAUUGACCCCGGUUCGAUUUUUGGUGGCGGACUGUGGGGGUGGCACCGUCGAUAUUACACUGCAUGAGCUAUCAGGACGCGAUGCGACGCUAAGAGAGCUGCUGCCUGCCACUGGAGGCCCUUUUGGAGCCACAGGGGUCGACAAGGAAUUCGAGUCUUUGCUGGCGGCGCUGUUUGGCCAGGACUUGAUGGCCCAGUUCAAGGAAAAGAGGCCGGCGGCGCACACGGAGCUGCUGAUGGCGUUCGAGGGACGCAAAAGGUGCGUCGGCCCGCUCAAGGACCACCCGGCCAAUCUUUUCCCGCCGUACGCGUUCGUCGACUUUUUCAGAAAGCACUCCGGAAAGGAGGUCGAGUACGCGAUUAAGAAAAACGGCUGCAGGGACAUUACCUGGUGCCGCGACGGAGUUUUGAGAUUUCAGAGCAGCGUGAUGCUGCAAUUGUUCAAGACCACAGUGCAAAAAAUUGUUGAAUAUAUAAAAGACGUGCUGGAAGAUCCGAUUUUGAGUGAUGCGCCGGCCCAGUUCCUGUUUCUCGUUGGAGGGUUUUCAGAUUCCGAGGUUUUGCAAAAGGCUAUAAAGGACGAGUUUGGCUCUCAAAUUCAAGUUAUUUCUCCACAGCCCUCCUCCCUGGCAACAUUACGAGGCGCCGUUCUGUACGGGCUCGACACAAACGUGAUCAGCGCGAGACGAGCGAAGCACUCGUACGGGGUGGGGGUUCUGAAGAAAUUUAUGCCAGGACUUCAUCCAGCAAGCAAAUUGGUCAUAUCGAAGGACGGGCAGCGGUGGUGUGCAGACGUGCUGGACUGUUUUGUCACCGCGGGACAGAGUUUGAGUCCCGGACACGCUGAGACGCGACGAUACGUAGCCGCGAGUUCAGGGCAAAGAGCGGCCGUUUUAAAUAUUUAUUGUGCAAGUACGCAGCCUACACCUGGGAAACCACAGUACGUGACCGACGAAGGCGUCACUCGAUGUGGGACCCUAACUCUCAGCUUGGAGGAUGAGAAUGAAAACAUUUACGCAGACCCUCAUCAACUUGGCAUGGGCCGAAUCGACCCCAUGGAACCCCAUGGCAACUCGUCAGAGCCAAGAGUUGCCAGUGCAAGACGAGAAGUGAACGCGCACAUGUUCUUUUCCGGCAACGAAUUGGUCGUCUCUGCGAUCGACACAGCAACUGGAAAGUGCGUCCGCGCAGACGUGGAUUUCCUCGCAGGGGAUUAACUUUUGUACACAAACUUAUUGUAAAUUUUAUAAAAUAAAAGUUGGAUAUAGUCAU